UGGCCUUGCUCGUUGGGAUGCACAGUACUUCUUACACAUUUCCUGUUAUGGAUAUAGUUACGAAAACACUUUAGCUUUCUUCCCCUUUUUUCCUUUGCUUACUAGAAUAUUAGCUUUUUUUAUUACAUUAUUCUGUGGGCUUUUUGCUGAACCCAUCAUCAGCAUUGUUAAUUUCAGCUGUCUCUCUAAAUUUGUUCUUCUUUAGCUAUGCCGCUGUUAAACUUUUCAAACUGUCAUGUGUAGUUAUUAAAGACGAAAAGCUAGCAUACAUUUCAGUGCUAUUUUUCUGUAUAAACCCAGCAAGUAUAUUUUUCUCAGCACCUUAUUCGGAGAGCUGUUUUGCUUUCUUCACAUUUUCAGCAAUGUUGUUUUGUGUAGAAAACAAUAAUGAUUUGUUGACAUGUCUUGCUGCCGGACUGUCUGGAUUAACAAGAUCCAAUGGAAUUAUAAAUUUUGGAUUUAUUGCCCAUAAAACUUUUAAGAACAUUUUUACUUUUAUAAAUAAGACAAGAACCGUGUUGUCUGUUAUAAGAUGUGUGCUACUACAGUUAUGUAAGCUUUGUAUUUAUACAAUGAUAUUUUUGAUACCAUUCAUAUUGUUCCAAAGUUAUGCAUACUUUAAGUUUUGUAUAGAGCAAGUGCCUUUGUCAAACAUUUUAAAGAAUUUUGGAGAAACUCAAGGCUUUGUCAUGGCAGGCACACAGAGACCCCCUUGGUGCAACCAUUCUGUUCCUUUAUCGUAUUCAUAUGUUCAGAAUCAUUACUGGAAUGUAGGAUUUUUAAAAUACUACACACUGAAACAAAUUCCAAACUUCCUACUUGCCUUACCUAUUAUAUUUUUAAUUGUCAGCAACAGUUAUUAUUUUCUUGUAGGAAAUAAGAAGGUUAUGAUCUCACUAGGUUUUGGAAAACACGAAUUUGUUAAGUUUAGAGGUAGAUAUAUGAGACCAGAGUUUUUUGUGUUUGUUGUUCAUGCUCUGGCUUUAACGAUAUUCUGCACGUUGUUUAUUCAUGUACAAGUUACCACCAGAAUGAUAGCAUCGUCGUGCCCUGUAUUGUAUUGGUUUGUAGCUUUAAGGUACAAGACUGAACAGGUGAUCUCAAGUCAUUCCAUUUCAAGCAGACUGAAGAAUUUAAAUAAUUCUCAAAAGUACAGUAUGAUUGAGACUCAAAAACAUAUGGAAAGUUUCUGGAAAACUUUUAUUUUUACAGAAAAACCAGCUGAUUCUUGGUCUUAUGCAGUUCAAAUAUAUUUCUAUUCCUAUUUCAUCAUAGGUACAAUGUUAUUUAGUAACUUUUAUCCUUGGACAUAAAUAAAAGUAUUUUGCUACUUGCUUAUAAAUUAAUCACUAAUUUUUACUGCCCAAAUGCAUAUAUUUAACUAUAGGAGUACUAAAAUAAGAUAUUCACAAUUAAAGGCAGAGUAAAACAAUUUGUAGAUUUCAAUUUUUCAGAUAUUACCAAAACUACUGUUUCAGAAGGAUAGUGAUAAGGACAAGAAAACAAUGACAUUAAUUUGUUUUAAACAUUUAUUAUAUACAAUUUAACUAAAGCAAGUAUUUAUAAAAAUAUACAUCACAUUAUCGUUUAUAAACAAAACAAUUUUGUGAACAAGACGACUAGUUAACAACUAAUAAAAUUAAAGACAACAGAGUUAAGAAUCAACAAACAAGUACAGACUCAUUCAAAGGAUAACAUUUUAACAGUUAAUCUUAUUGCAUGUCACCAUUACAGUGAUGUAACCAUGAAUAUCAUAGUCUCAUGAUAAUAAUUAUUACUAAAUGAACAUUACAAUAUUAUAUUUAUAUUCUUCUGGUUUCUUGUUAGUUUAGAGAUAACUAUUAUGUUCUGUUUAUAUUCUCAAAUAAUGUGUUUACAAUGAAUUAAUAAAAAUGUAUAACGGACUACAAUUGUGUUUCAAUAAAAAUCUGUGCAAUAA